AUGGCUAGUCCCAGGCGCGACUCAGUUUCGCCAUCCCAGGUGUUCUUGGGCGAUGCAAGCAUAGACAAAGAACGUAUUUCCAGCGGCAAUCCCGAUCUCGUGGGCUGGGAUGGAGAUCAUGAUCCCGUACGCUUCGGCUUCCCGAAAAGAAUUGUAGGGGGUUCCUGUUCCUGCGCUAACGGCUUUACAGAAUGCUACUCUCGGAUGCGCCCCGACAACAUGAAUUCCGGCUUCAAGGUGGUUUUUCUCGCCUUCGGAGAAAAAGCAGGUAGAACACGGGUUUCACGCGCUUGUGAUAGAUGUCAUCGGCAAAAGAUAAAAUGCGAAGCGGCCCAACCCCGGUGCAAUUGGUGCACUCAUCAGGACGUCCCCUGUCUAUAUGAUAGGCAACGCAAGAGACGUCGCAAUUAUAUGCAGCCACGAGAAAAUGCUAGCAGCUCUCAAAACGAACCUCAUACCAAUGCGUCUGAUAAUGAUGUGGUGGGAGAUUCUACCCUACCGCCUAGUAAACCUCGAAAUCACUCUCCGGCGCACUUGAGUGGCAAAGUCCCUAUGACUGAAGGGAGCGCCUCGUUGUCAUCAUCUUCAGACACCAUACCUGCAUUAUCGGGCACGCAGGUUAGCCAGCCUUCCAGACGAUCAUCACCGACCAUUGAGUCUUCUAACUCUCCACCCUGGGAGAAUGUUGCACAAUUUGGCCCCGGUCUGAAUCAUGAAUCGAGUUCAAUCGACCGAACAAGUCUACCUGAGCAUGAUGUGAUCAAAUCCCUGGCCGUUGACUUCUACUCUACGAUUUAUAGCUCCAUAUUCCCGACACUAGACCCCGUUCUCUUCGACCAAAAUGUAUCGUAUGCUUAUGAGACUGAUCCCCGACAAGAGCCCGACUUAGACCUGCUGCAAACAUCAGUCAUCACGAUUGUCGUCUGUCUUUUCUCGGGAAAACUUCGAAUGGCUGUCAUGUGGAGCACUUUCGCCUCUCGAGUAGUACUCCUUCUUGGAGGCCAUUCCAAGGCAUGCUUCGAGCGCGCGUUGCUCUUCACCAAUUCGAGUGAGCUAGGGACUAGGUUAGACGCGCAUCUUCGAAACCUUUCCUGGUCGUGCUAUCAUUUCGAUAAAGAACUUGGUCGGCGCACCGAACAGCCACCGUUUCUAUCUGAACACAAUUGCGACCUGAGUCUUCCUGGAGGCUACAAGAAUUAUGUUCAUUUACCAUGGAAGCAGACAGCUACUCACAGCCUCUAUUUCCCGGCGAUCUCCGGUUAA